ACCACCACCACGCGCACUCUCGCGAUAUUAGAACGGAGUUGUGAGUGCAACUUGCGUGUGUGGAAUAUGAGUUAGUGACCGGAAACGACCAUGAUAAUUCCAAGUGGUCGGCUGCUCUGGCUGGCUGGGUUUUGUUGCGUGAUACAUGGACGAGGAGCUGUGAAUGGUUACCCAGCUUCCACAGGGGCCACGAAGAAAUCCUCCUUUUACUUUCCUGAUGACCCGGUGUUGACUGGACAUACCGUGGACUGGCGGCCAGAUGAGGGUGACCUGCAGUCUGACACGACACUGACAUCCCGCUCCCUAUCUUCGACACAGUGGGGUCUUCCUGAUUCCAGGGCUCGAUUCCCGACCACAACGGCGGCGGCUGGAUCAACAACGUCAAGUUUGCCGAUCAUUUUCCCGGAAACGAUGGAGGUUAGAGAAUCAUGGAGGGGGUCUUCGGUGCCGACCCAGAGUCAAGAUACGCGAACAGUGACUGCUACAACACAGUCGACUUCAACCGCGACGACCCAUCAUCCGGACUUCACGCCCAACUGCAGUUCCGUUGACGAGCCGCACAUGAACACCUACGGCAUUUGUUCCGUGCUCAACGACUACCCAGAAGACGUUAUUCGGCGGGAGCUUGAAGGCAAGUUUGGGCAAAUGGUGACGGACCUGUUGUUCUUCGACUCUGGAGCUGAGAUGCCCGUGCAGGCCAAUGUUUCUUCGGACUCGCUGCCCGUGUUCCACGCGGAGGACUUCACGACCACGGAGAUAUUGUCUAGCCGUGGUGGCAUCACGCCGGAUUUGGCGGCUUCUGACACACCAAUGUGCUCGUAUGAUACGAAACCGUUGCGUGUCCAAGCAGCGAAGAACACCAACGAUACGUGGCGUGUGAUAGUGAAUGACAGAAGAUAUGUGCAGACUGUCCAUGCUGAAUUAUGCAGAGCUGAAGGAGAGCCUUGUAGCGGUCUGAAGGACAUUAGAGCUGCCUUUGGGAUGGAAACUGUGUGCAAGCAGAAGUACACUAGUCGACGACUGUUGGCAGUGAAGAAAGCAGACGUGGCUGGUGUUGAUAACGAGCUUGUGACCGUCAUGGAGUAUUUCCGACUUCCGUCCUGCUGUGUUUGUUAUACCCGGAAGCGACUCAACUCCCUCUCGAGAUCUGGAUUCAGUAGGAGAUGAUGUGGUGACGUCGAGAUCUGUUCCUUAUCUUUUUUUCUUCCGGACGACUGUUGAGACUAUUUUUUCUUGUGUUUUAUAUUGUAAGCCGCUUAAAUGCAUUUUACUCGGAGAGGCUACUUUUCCAACUUGUGGAGCUUUCCAGUUCUUAUUUUUUUGAUGAGAUUUCCGUCGUGGAACUGGCUCUAGGAAAUAAAAGGAACGCUGUCGUUAAGAUGGACUCAGGAUGUAUUCACUGACGAACCUGUUAAUUUACUUGUGCUACAUGUGUGGGCAAUGUCUUUUUGGUAGUGCUGAGGAUCGGAUCAAUCUAUGCGAUGUGACCUGUU